AUGAAUAGAAACAUUCCAAUAGGGAACAAAAUAUGUGCAACAAAAGAAAUAUUCUAGAACUAAGUAAUUUUAAAUACUCAUCUUCUUACUAUGAGACCUUAAAUUAAUACAAGUGCUCCUAAAUAAUAUGAUUUUCUUAAAAAUAAAAAGAUUAAAGAAGCUAUCAAAUCAUAAAAGUAAUAAGAAAUUGAUAGAGAAAAUUAAAAUCUUAUAUCAAAGCUUACCAACAUAAUGCAAUAUUAAUCAAGUAUUAUUGUAGUAUUAUUAUUUAGAUAACUCCAUUUCUACUUUACCACUUAAGAAAUCUACUACUGUAAGUCUUGGUCCAAAGAAGUCACUUAAUAAAGAAUAUAGAAAAAAAGAAUUAAUUAAGAUAAUCGUGGAAAAUCAAUAAUUAUUAAAAAGAAUUUAAGAUUAGAAAUCUUAAUACAAUGUUAAAGAUUGGAAUGAAGAGAGAAGAUGGGUUGAAAAAUAAAUAUCUAAUAUUUGUGAAUAUCCUUAUAAGGAUUUUAAACCCACCAAAACCUUAGUACAAUAUUGGACUAAUUCAAGAAUCAGCGAGUCUUAAUUAUAAAGUAAUAAUUUAUAAGUUAUAUUAUUAGAAAGAGAUAAUUUUAACAAUAAAAAAUUAGAUCCUUUAGAAAUCAAAACUCAAUAAACUAAGUAAUCAAGUAUAUUAAUCUAUACAGAUCAAGAGCUAGACAAGACAAUAAUACAGAUUCAAGAUAAAUCUUAAUUAAUUAAGAGAAUUAAUAAAGGUAUUUUUAAUCAUCAUAUCUAGAAGUCUCUUUGAAUCAGAUUUUUAACCUUAUGAGCCCUAUCAAGAUAAAGUUACCAAAAUAGUUAACGAAAUUAUUGAAAAACCUAAAUUACAAGAAUAAGAAUAAAAAAAAGAACAUUUAUAAAUAAAUGAAGAAGAAAAUAACUAGAUUUCAUAACAAUAAUUAGAUCAAUAAAAUGUUCCAUUAAGUGGCCAAUAAAGUAAAGAAUAAGAAGUUGUUGAGGAACAUAAUCAAUAAGAAUAAGAAUAGGAAUUAUAACAGCAAAAUGAGAUUAAUAAUUUUAUGGAAACUUCAAAAGAAAAUGAAGAAUUAUAAGAUGAGGGUUCCAAUAAAUCUCCCUAAAAUCAUUAAAAUAUUUAAACCAUUGAUUUUGAAUAACAAAAUCAAGAAAUUUUAGACAAAUAAAAUUCUGAACAAUUUUAAGAAUGA